CAUAUAUAUACAGAUGUUGUCUUCCUCGUCAGAGCCAUCUCAAGAUAUAAAAAACCCACCCGUUUCAGCCAUCUUUAAUAUUCUCAACCAAAACAUGUCUGUACUGGUGGAAGUGAGAGUCCCAAACCUGGAUUGCGAGGGAUGCGCUUCUAAGCUUAGAAAAUCUAUCUGUAAGCUCAAAGGAGUGGAGGAGAUAGAGAUAGAGAUGGAGGCACAGAAAGUGACGGUGAGAGGGUACGGGUUGGAGGAGAAGAAGGUGCUGAAGGCCAUAAAGCGCGCCGGCAAGGCGGCGGAGCCCUGGCCUUACCCGGCGGGGCACCAUCAUUUCACAUCGUUCUACAAGUACCCGACCCACAUUAUCAGCAGCUAUUACGAUAGCUACAGGAACACGGCGCCGGCGGCCAACGUCUACGCCUUCUUCCACACCCCCUCGCUUUACUCCCCGGCCGUGGCGUCUGACGACGCUCUCGCUUCCCUUUUCAGUGACGACAACCCGCAUGCUUGUACCAUCAUGUGAUCUCUCUCGUCUUCUUCUUCUUCUCCAUGAAUGUCUAAUAUAUGUGUUUUUGUAGUCAUUUUCUAGUAACUUAGCCAUGCAAUAAAAACCCU